CUGCCUGCCUGCCUUGAGGACUACUGUACGAGAUAUCUCGGAAAGGAUCCACCCGCUGUCACUCACCCAAAAUCAAGCGAAAGAUCUACAGAGGUAUCGACGAUAUCGUGUAGUCGCCGACCCGUGCCACGUCUUUGGACUUUGAUCGGCAUCUUUCCGGGAAGGUAAUAAGGAUCGAGCCGUAUCUCAACGCAAAAUUCUCAACUUGCGUCCUUUCGCUUUCAACAUUGCCCAACAUGGUGGACUACGCCCCAUAUCCUCCAAAUAUGGCUCACGACUUUGAGCUCUACUCAAAUCCCCAUGAGCAGCAGAUGGAGUUUCACCAUAACCAGCCCUUCUUGCCUUCCUCAACAUACGGCAUGGAGCAGACAUUCGGUGCCUCAUACGAUCCCAUGGGUGCCCUUGUGGAGGCCCCGAGACCUCAAGAUAUGCAUUUCCACUACGAUACAAUCGACCAAGGCGUCAAGCCAUUCCAUUACCAAACGCCAGCCGGAUCCCCCAAUUCAUCUUCACACUCUUUCCAUGAUCAACCCCCGGUCCUUUCAGCUUCUUCCGAGUCCGGUGCUUCAGUGUCAUCUUCCGUUAUACACUCUCCAUCCCUCGCACCGCAAUUCAACGAGCCUUGGAAUCCCAUGGGCCUCGGACUCACAUCAAGCUUCGAGUAUCCUGGUAUCAUGGCAGUUGAAAAGACCUUUGUGGACCCCAACCUGAUCCAACCGUUCGCAUUCGCGCCGCAUAGCCCCUAUCCUGAGAUCAGGACAACGCCGUCUCCUUAUUUCCCAGUCAUCGAGCAGCCUCCUUCCCCAGCUCUUUCUCAAAUCUCUUCGCACAGCCAGCGUCCUGGCUCAGCCCGUAUCAAGCGAGGAAGCGCUAGCCCCUAUCUCCACACUCAACAGUACCAGCCGUACCCACAGUUCGGCGGUCAGAGGCGAGGCUCGGUCAACUCUCUUCACUCCCACAACUCAGGCACAAGUCGGAAGAGCGGUAGCAGCUACGAGCUGGACGACGAGACACGCGAGAAGGGUCUCUGCCCUCUUCCCGAGUGCGGUCGUGUCUUCAAAGACUUGAAGGCUCACAUGCUCACACAUCAGAACGAGCGACCAGAGAAGUGCCCAAUCACGACCUGCGAGUACAAUGUCAAGGGCUUCGCGAGGAAGUACGACAAGAACCGACAUACUCUUACGCAUUACAAGGGUACCAUGGUCUGUGGCUUCUGCCCAGGCAGUGGGUCGGCGGCGGAGAAGAGCUUUAACCGCGCCGACGUCUUCAAGCGACAUCUCACCUCUGUUCACGGCGUCGAGCAGAAUCCCCCGAAUAGCCGCAAGAAGGGUCCAUCUGGUCGCAAGGCAUUCAGUGGCCAACAGAACGUCGCUGGUACUUGCUCUACCUGCUCGGUCACUUUCAUCAACGCGCAGGAGUUCUACGAACAUCUCGACGACUGUGUGCUGCGCGUUGUGCAGCAAGCCGACCCCAGCGAGGCCAUCAACCAGCGCCUCCUCACCUCUGUGGCCGAAGACAAGGACGUCACCGAGACCCUUGACCGUAACGGUCUUUCCAAGAGCAUCGAGUAUAGCGUGCCUAGCUACGAUGAUGAGGAGGAAGACGAGGAGGAGGAGUUCGACAAUGACGACCAAAAGGAUGACACCUACGGCGUGCGCCGCUCUCGCUCCGGCAAGGGAGGUAUCAAGUCGAGCAAGGGCCAUUGACAAUUAACACAUCCCCGAGGUGUCGGCGCAACGCAGCACGUCGGGGGUGGCAACCUCCCCAACACAACCAACAACAAGAUUACGAAGACGCAAAAAGGUCCUCGGGCCGGCCUAACCUUCUCCAAAGGCGGCGUGGCAAUCUCAGGCUCUGGGCGCAAGAAGCGCAAAAAUUACCCCGUCUCCUGGGGCUGCCCGACUGACAAGAUGAAGAUGAAGAAGCGCGUUCUCUGCGUGUACGACGGGCCCCGCCGUCUAUGGAAAGACGACAU